GUGCAGGUUCUCUGCUGUUCCCUUGUGUUUUUUUGGUGGUGAGAGAGGUUGGGGUCGGCCUGAUCCAACACACCCACCCACCCCACUCACGAAACAAAAACCACUACAGCCAAUCACAAAUGAACAACCAUACUCCAAUGCUUUCCUUUGGCCGGAAUGUGUCCUUGAACUCUUCUGAUGCCUCCAUCCUGCUUGGAUGGAGGAGAGGAAGAUAUGUGCAUGGUGGGAUGAGAAGGUGCAUAGAAACCUUGGACUUCUCCGUGACUGGAAUAGAGUCUAGUGUACAAAUGCAAGACACAGAUUUCUUUACCAGUGAUAUGGUUGUCUUCCUGAAAGGUAGGAAACAAAGUCUAGCCUCCCAAAUUGCCUUGUUUUGUAAUUUUUUAUUUUGUGGUGGUUUUUUUUUAACCUUUCUGUGUUGCUUUGAGGGUUUAGUUUAGCUGAAAAGCAGCAAACAGAUGGAUAGAAAUGUAAUGCAAUAUAAAGAAUAUGUUUGAUUAUUGAGUUAACAAUUAUAUUAAAUAACAUAAUUCAAUUCAGUUCACAUUUAAAGGCAACCCCACCAAGUCCACACUUUCCAGAACACUACACAACUUGAAGCACAGCCGCCCUUUUAAAAUGCAUAUUCUGGGAUGUGCAUAGAAAUAUGUUAAGGAAAAUAAGAUGCUGAAUGCAUUAUAUUACAUUAGACAAAACUGCUUUGCAAAAAUGUGUAAAUUAGGCAAGCUUGCAUGCAGAAACUUGUACGUUAGAAGAAAUUCACUGAUGAGGUUUCAUGAGGACUUUAAAAAUAAAUCAAAAACUGAUAUAGAAAUGGGAAGAGCUGAAUCCACUGGAAAAAUGAGAAACUGAGAGAAACCAAAAUUGACAGAUUGGGCCAUCCCUACAUUUGAAAUGUACAGAGUUUCAAUACUGGAACAUAGCUAGUUUCAAAAUAUGGGUUAACAGUGAUAGGAAAACAGGAAGGAGAAAGGACAUUUGCAUUGUUUUCAGUCAGAUGGGACUCAAGGUGACAGGAGCUGGUCUCUCCUUGAACAUACUGAAGGGUAUGUGUUUGUUUGUUUCCUGAACUUUAUACACCACUUUUUCUUUUAAAAAAAUACCCUCAAGUUUAUAAAAGCUAGAACAAUAAAACCAGGAAAUUUUUACAACCUUACUCUAAAACGUACAAACAUUAAAAAUGCUAAACUAGAUUGAAAUUACCUCAACUUUCCAAGUAUCUGGGUAGGCUUGUCUAAACAGGAACGUUUUUCGCAGGGGCUGACAAGGGCAUGUGUUUGAAUAUUGUUCCGCCCACAGGUAAAAUGGAGGGUGGAAGGAUCAGUCUUGAACCUGCAAUUGAAGAAGCUUCUGUGUUAGUCGAUCGGUCGCAUUAAUCUGAUCUUGCAAGCUGGCAAUCUAAAGAUGUUUGUUUCCUUGCUGGGGAACAGCAAGGAGGGAAAGGGUUUGAAUUGUAGCUGGAUCUGCAACACAGGUGUUGAACUUUUCAGCACAUUCAAAGCCGAGGCCAUUGCUCUGUGUUGUGGGAUUUUAAGGGGAAAUGAUGCCCCUGGGUAAAGAUGGUGGUGACUUCAGAGGUUCCUGGGGCAUCGCUGGCACUGACCCUCGCAGUGCCUGCUGCUUCGUGAGCUCAUUUUGCCUGAUUGCUUCAGUCUCUCUGCAGUUUAUGGCGGUUGGUCUUUGCACAACUUUCUGUAAUGAGAUCGGAUGUGGCGUUUGUGUUUCUGUGUGGGAGAAGAAGUUAACACACUGCCUGGCUAAAAAAUUGCUCCCCUGGUUAGAAAUUACCUAAAAUUGCCAAGUUAGCUGUGGUGCAAUGCAGCAGGACAAAGUUUUGUUUAAACUCCCAUUAGUUACCCAUUUCAGUCUGAUAAAGUUGUUAACUUUGUGCCGUAAAGUUUGGGGAAUUCCGGGCACUUUUACUUUCACUUGGUGCCAGUCCCUUGGCACAGGCAGGCAUGGAGAACAUUUAAUUGCCAUGUUUCGGAAGCUUCAAAGAGAAAAAAGAUGAAAGAGGCAAGAAUCAGCUCUCCUUCCCUCGUUUCCUUCUCGUUUCCGUGGUUUUGCUCUUUAAUGUCUGCAGAUUUCUGACUCUCUUCCUUUUCAUCCCCAGGAAGUUUCAGCUGACAGAACAUCUCUCUGCAAAUGGCAAACAUUACUCCCUGACACAGAUAAUAUGAAGACCACAAUGUAACAUUCCUACUGAGCCCGGACACUCCAGCUUUUGCAGAAUGACAACGCCUCCAGUCUGGAUGGAUGAUGCAGACGUCCAGAAGGCCAUCAGGAAUGCUUGGCCGCAGCUGGUGCACUUCCUCAGUCAGCAUCCAGAGUGGGUCCUGGGAAAAGCCAAGCAGCUUCUCCCAGGGGUGGCCUUGAAUGAGAUUGAGGGGACAGCCAGUUCCCACGAGAAGGUCUCACUGGUCCUGGACAUGUUUCUGAAGGCUGCAGAUCUCAAUGCUCCCGUCUUCAAAGCCUUCGUACAGAGUGUCUGCAUGGAAUGCAACCUCCCCAUGGAUCUGGAAAUAGUCUUCAUGAGUGUGUCAGGAGAAGGUCAUGUGACACAAGGACAAGAGGAUUUGAAAGGAGCUUCAGCUUGGUUCCCGUCGACACCAACAAGACUUGAACGACGCCGUCCAUGCAGCAGCCCUGCCAACAACAACAAUGGGAAACAGUCCAAACAGCAGCGGCUAGAUUCUGCUGAAAGAUAUAGGCAACUCAUUACCACCUCGAUGCUUCAGAGAUACGGAAUGAGCAGAUCAGCAGAAGCAACGGAACCCAAAGCUCAGCCGUCGCCUUUCAGCCAAACCUUCGUCAACCUGGUGAUUCGUCAGAGCAAAGGUGGUCGGAUGAGGGAAAGGGGGGAGAAAGCAAAGGAGGCUCCGAUAGCUCCGCAUGAUACAGAGGAGCACAGGAACACCACCCUGAGACUGUCUGAGCUUUUUGAAAGUGUCCACAUGGGGACCACCAAGGUUGUCCUUCUUCUGGGAAAACCAGGGAUGGGAAAGACAAGGCUCAUGCACAAGAUCUGUCAACAGUGGGCAGAGGGAGACCUUCCACAAUUCCAACUGAUCUUCUUCUUUGAGUUCCGACAGCUGAACCUGAUCCAAAGGAAACUCUCUCUCCAAGAACUUCUCUUCGACUUCUUUCUCAGGCCAGAAGAUUGUCCUGAUGCUGUGUUUCAGCACAUCCUAGAAGACACCCAGCACACACUGGUGAUAUUUGAUGGGCUGGACAAGUUUGUUGAGAAUGUCCAGCUCCCAGGUCCUCCUCACACUUGCUUCCCAGAUCCUCUCAACCCUCUCUCUGUAUCAGACCUUUUUGCAAGCCUUUGCCUUGGGAAAUUCUUGCCAGGCUCGACUGUGCUGGUCACGACCCGUCCAAAGAUAGUCCCAGGUGCUUUAUUGAAAACGGACACCCUCCUGGCAGAAAUCUGGGGCUUUGACCGUGAAAAGGUGGAGGAAUAUGUUGGCUAUUUUUUCCGCCAGCAUUCCCUCAAGGAGAAAGCAAUCGCUCACCUGAAAAGCAAUGGCAAACUCCUGAGCAUGUGUUAUAUCCCCGCCUUGUGUAACAUCGUCUGCAUUUGCCUGGAGUAUCUGCUCCUCCACGAUGCAGGGAGAGUCCAGCUCCCUCAAACCAUGACCCAGUUCUACAUCAAGAUGCUCCUCACCUUCAUAGGCAAGGAUCAGAAGCUGAGGACUUUGAGCGAAGAAGUUGACUUGAGUCAACACGAAGCGACUCUCGUAGGCCUCUCUGAGUUGGCCUUCAAGGGCCUGGAAGGAAAUAAGAUGUUGUUUUAUGCUGGUGAGGUCCCAGAAGACGUGAAGGAUUUUGCUUGCCUGUAUGGGCUCCUGGUGUCCUUUGAGGUAAAGACCAGCAAUGGACACACACAGGUUGGCUACACUUUUGUCCACUUCAGCCUGCAAGAGUUCUUUGCAGCCCUCUUCCUGCUGACAAGCAAAACAGUUGAUGGCAACUUCCUGAAGCAGAAGUUCUUCCUGAGGUCCAAGUGGAUGAUGAAGAGGGAAGCAAGGGUGCCCUUCACAGAGAACUGCCAUGUCUUCCUGUCUGGCCUCUCCUCCCAAGGGUGCCAGAAGUUCCUCAGCUCUUUAGCCGGGCAUUGCGAGGACCAGGUCCAGGAGCGUCAGGACAUCAUUGUGCAGAUGCUGAAGAAACUGGGGGAUGCUUCUCUCACAGGACCUAGGAUAGCUGAGCUGUGCCACUGUGUGCACGAGACACAAGACCAGGAACUGGCCCGGCAUGUCGGGAAGCAGCUAAACUUCAGGUAUCAGUUCAGAAACUUCCGGCUGAUGCCGCUGGACAUGGCUGUCCUGGCUUUUGUCAUCAGCAGCUGCCACCCUCACUUGGUAUGCCUGGACUUUGUGGGAUGCCCCAUGGAAGUGGACUAUCUGGAUGUCUUUGGCAGCUGUGAAAAUAUAAAGAGCCUGAGCUUUAAGAGCAGGAGAUGUGGGAAUGAGUUUGCUGCUGUCCUGUCCAAGACCCUGCCGAAGAUCAAAUGCCUGACAACUUUCCAGCUAGCCGGUGGAAAUAUUUCAACCCCAGGACUUGAAGAUCUGAUACGAGCUUUUCCAAACUGCCAUCAGCUGGAAGACAUAAACUUGCAGGACAACAGACUGAAGGGGCAGGAAAUGAUCAAGACUACAGAAAUAUUUUCCACUGUGGCGAAGCUCAAAAAGCUGGACUUAAGCUACAACGAGCUUUUAGUGAGCACCGUCCUUGCUUUUUCCAGAGCUGCUGCCGGUUGUCCAAAUGUGACCGAGCUCCAUAUCAGGAAGGAUGUUUUGACAGUCUCCUUCACCAGCCAAUCCAGUAAAAGUCAGAGGUUGAAAAAAGAGGGAAUAAAAGAAGAGGAAGAUGUUCCUAAGCCUAGCACUUUAAUAUUACGAUUGCAGGAUUGCCAGUUCAAUUCCCAGUGGGCAGAGGAGCUGGCUGAGGUUCUCCAGAGCUGUUCCCACCUUUCCGAAGUUGAUUUGUCAGGUAACCAACUCGGUGAUGAAGGAUGCAGCAAGCUGAUGAAGAUGGUGCCCAGAAUGUGCAUUUCUGGCCCUUUGAAUUUAAACAACAACCAGCUGUCUCUGAAGAGCAUCUUUUGUCUCCUGAAUUCAAUGAGUCUUUGUCCAAAUAUAGUGAAGCUUAAAGCCAGUGUUCAUCACGAAACUGCAAUCUUGACCCUCAUUGGCAAAGACAUUGCUGGCGGUGCUCAGCCCAGGAGUUCCUCAUUUAUCACUGCGCUGUCAAGCACAGGUGGACAUCUCUUGGGGGCAACAGCAAGGAAAAUAUGCUUGACGGACAAUAAUUUUCAAAAUGGAGAUCUGAAGAACUUGUGCUUGGCCUUGAGGAGGUGUACUGGUGUAACUGAAUUAGACUUGUCCAAAAAUUCUCUGGGCGACCCAGGUGUCUUGAAGGUGGCUGAGCUCCUUCCUCAUCUGAACGAAUUACGUUCUUUAACGCUGGAUCAUAACAACAUGUCUAUGGACGGGGCCUUUUGCUUGGUGCAAUGCUUUGCUGACUUGGAACAUAUGACCUCCAUGGAGCUAUGUUUGGGAAGCACCCAGAAAAUUCUCUUAACAUUUGGGGAAAGAAUGAGUCCCCAAAUGCUCAGUGUGACUAGUGAGCAUCAAAGGGAGCUGCUGGAUUCGGUACCUAACUCAAUCCAUGACCGCUGCUUUUGUCUCAAGGAAUGUAUGAUGGACCUAAAGGAUGUUGACCGAUUGUUUAAACGUCUAAGUACAUGUUCCGGACUGACCAAGAUCAACUUGUCCGGCAACUCACUGAAUGAUCAAAGUGUUGAACGACUUCUGAAAUUCCUGCCCUACCUCAACAGUGUGGAGCUCUUAAGCAUAACAGAGAGCAAGUUUUCAUCACAUUGUGUUUGCUUGCUGGCCAACUCAGUAAACCAAUGUAAGAGAAUCUGCAGAGUGGAAGUCAGAUCAAGUGAAAAUGCUUUCCUGCAUUUUGUGAAAAGUAAAGAAAGCCAAGAAAUAUGCUGCAGACUAACUGAUUGUGGCAUCGGCAAGUGCGAGAUCACAGAGCUGUGUCCCAUCUUCAAGAAGUGUGACCGUCUUGCAGAACUGGACCUUUCUGGAAACCAUCUUGGCAAUGAAGGAUUACGUUGCCUCUUAGAACAUUUGCCGAGGACCCACAUUCCCUGCCUGAUUAAAAUCAACCACAACGGGGUCUCGCAAGAUGGCAUUCUCCAUCUCGCUCAUGUCUUUGCCACGUGCCAAAAUGUGGCUGAAGUUCACGUGAGUUUGUGCUCUGAGGCAACACUGCUGAUCACCCUAGUGAGAGAAGAUAAACCUCAAAAGAUCCUGAGCAUGAAGCAGUGCUGUUUCCAAGCAAAACAUCUGGCGCUGCUGUCCACUUCUCUGAGCAAGUGCCUUGCUCUGAGCAACUUCACGUCAGCUAAUAAUGGCAUGAUGCUCAGCAGUGCAGAAGAUCUACUCAGGGCCUUAAGGAAAUCAAAGGGCAUGCUAAGAAUAGGCAUCGAAGAGCCUUGGGUGAAAGAUGAAAGCAUCAUUAUCCUUCUGAAGUUGGCUGCAGAAGUCCAGGGAAACAUCACAGCCAUCACGCUAAGGAGAGACCAGGCCCUCUUCGUAGUGGAACAGGAAUUUCCUCGUCAGGAGGAGAAAGUGGAGUCUGUGGUCAGCCGGUUGCAUCAGUGUGAACUGGAAGCCAAAGGAGUCUGCUUUCUGCCGAAGCUCAUUGAGAAAUGUAGACAACUCUGGGCGUUAAACUGGUCUCAGGUACAGUUCACUAAUGCUGAAGCAGAAACCAUCUCUGACACACUGCCACAUUUUCCAUCACUGAAGAAACUUGGGUUAACCUGUUGCAGUUUCCUUCCCCCCGGAAUGGAGCACCUGGCUGAAGCAUUGCAUCAAUGCCACACUAUUGAAGACAUUGACUUUUCCAAAAGUGAAGUUGGCAUGGAUAUCAGUGCUCUGAUGAACGCUCUGGAGGGAAAACUUCACCUGAAGAGCAUAAACCUUGGCUCUCUGAAUCUCAGCAACGCAGAUAUCCUCAAUCUGACCUCCAGACUCUCAGCAAUGCCUCUCCUGAAAAGACUUAGUUUGAACAAAAACCGCCUUGGUGGUGAGUCCUGUUCACACCUUGCACAAGUUUUGAAGAAUGCCGUUCACAUGGAAAAAAUUGAUUUGAGCCACAACAAGAUUGAUGAUGCUGGCAUGAAAGAAAUCGCUAUGGCCAUUCCAGAAAUGCAGAGCGUGAAGCAAAUUGACCUCUCUAACAACAGCAUUGGCUCUGCCGGUGGACAGUGUUUCGUGGAGGCUCUGGAGCACAGCGAGAACCUGGAGGUGCUCAAACUAUCUGGGAACAAUAUUGGAAAUGAGACGCUGGAGAAACUGGCUCCAGUUCUGCCCAACUUGCACUGCCUGAAGGUCCUUCACCUGGCAUCCUGUGGCUUUGACUCAGAGGGAGUGGUUUGUUUGGCCAGAGUCCUCUUCCAUUGUCCACAAAUAGAGGAAAUAAGUUUGUCCGAAAACAGCAUUGGGCACAAGGGUGCCAUGGCACUCGCAGAACACCUGCCGCAGCCCUCUUCACAACUCAGGAAGAUUGAACUGAAGGUCUGCGGCCUCAGCGACUGCACUUUUAGGAGUCUUGCCCUUGGUGUCAGCCAGUGUCCCCUUCUGGAAGAGAUUAUCCUGUCCUGGAACAAACUUGGUGAUGAAAGUGCUUUGGAGCUGGCCAAGGUUCUCUCUCGGAUGGCAAAGUUGAAAGUAUUGGAUCUGGACAACAACUACAUCACUGCUUGUGGUGCCAGAAGGCUCACAAAGGAACUUGCACAGUGUCGAGGAAUCCAGAUAAUACGUCUGUGGCACAAUCAGAUACCGAGCGAUGUUGAACAAAAGCUGAGGAAGGAAGAGCCACGGCUGCAUUUUGCCUUCUUUUGAUGAACCAGCAGGAAGGGAAUCUGGCUCCUGCCAAGCAUGGUUUUGCUGCUGGCCAAGGAAAAGAAGGAAACUCAGCAGGAUUCUGGGCUAGCACAUAGGUACUGCAACUUCUAAAGAAAAACAGAAACUGCAUGAUUAUACUUCAUCCUUGUGGCCAGAAAUGAGCAGCUGCUCCUUCUUCCUCUGCUUCUUCGGUGACCACUCGUAGCCGAGUAAGAUUGUCUUCCAUGAACACGGUCUCAACAGUGAGUCCGUAAGUGACUGUGGAGGCCAAUUCUGGAUCCCCACGUCCUUUCACAGUGGGGACAUAGGUUUCCGGGCAGGAGUUGGUCAUGGUGAGGGUUUGCCGAAUGUAAGCAACAGCUUACAAAAGAGUAGAGCUCUCACUUGGAAAAGCAGGAUCUUUGCUUGGCCUGAUUGAUGGGAGCAUCUUGCAAGAAAUCCCAAAAUUUUCAUCUGUGGCAAGGCUGAGUCUGGGCUAUGCUUGUUUGGCACUGAAAAUACCACCGUCUUCCAUCAAGGUGAAUGCUGAUUAAGAAAAACUGGCUCCUGCAACAUGUAUUGUGGACUCUUGUUUGGUUUUGCUUUAUUUAUUUCACUGAUUUUUAUUUGGCUUGCAUGGAAGAAAGCUGUGGGGGGGGGCAGACUGCCCCUUCAGCUAACCUUCUGACUUUGGAGACUUCACCAGAAUGAACCCAGUUUGAUGACUGCUGUCACAAACAUAAGGACUAGAAACUUGCAUGGCAUUUCAAAAAUGAAAAUAAAAGCAGAUAUCGCCAGGAAACUGGAUUCUGUGCCUAAUAUCACCUUUUACACUUUUCCUGCACGUAUGUAGAAUUCCAUGCCUUCUUAGUUUUCAGGACGAAUAGGGAAGAAAUUCAGUUCUCUGCAUUUUGCAAUGCAGUUCUCCAGCCAAGCAAGUUGUACGGAAAUGAAUAUGAUUAGGGUAAAGUGUGCAAGGAAAUGCAUAAAUCGGUGAGAAUGCAUUUUUGCUUUGCAAAAUUGUGUAUGAACAUGUAUGUUAGGGAGAAACUGUUGAUGAGUUUUCAUGAAGUCUUUAAAAAAAAAAAUCAAAUGGAUUUAGAAAUGUGGAGAACCAAAUUUAAUACUGGAAAACUGAGGGAAGCCAGAAUUGACAGUUUUCACAAAUCACAACCAUGACCAUUCAUUACUGCG